AUGCCGGUGGUAGAGCUUCCCAGCUGCAUCGCUCUGUGCUCGCAGAGUAAUGGCUCCUACCUGCGCUAUGUGCACGAGCAUGGUGAGAGCUUCAGGCAACUGCAGCUCAACGGCAAGGACGCCAUUAACCCCUACACCAGGUACGACGUCGAGGUAUCGCGGGGCCAUAACGGCAGCGGCCUGGUGCACAUCCGAUGCCGCUACAACCGUAAGUACUGGGUGGCUCGUCAGCGGGGCGACGCCUGGUGUAUCGCCGCCGACGCAGAUGAGCCGGAAGAAGACCUGACCAACCCCAAUUGCACUCUGAUUAAACCAAUCAUUGUCACCACCACUGAUGACAGUGGUGAAUCCGUGAUGACCGUUCGGUUCGUCGCCGCCGGCGACGACGAGGUGACGCGGCGGCGCAUGACCUUCGCCAAGGACGACGCCUCUCCAUGCAUGCUCGUGGUGGACGGCGAGCUUGACCACCACGACAGCGCGGGGGACGCGUUCACCGUCCUCAACCUGGAGAACAGCGCCAGGCUGCUCCCCAGCUUUGUCAUGUUCAAGGGCAACAACGGCAUGUUCCUGGCCCCCCGACGGAUAAACAACCGGAACCUCCUCCAGUUCGCGGUGUCCGACAUCGGCGACUUAACCGCUAUGUUCCAUCUCUCCCACAUGAACAACGGCACCGUCCUCAUCGCCCCCGCCGAUCUCAACAGCUCCGCAUCCUACUGGAACCUCGAGAACGGCAACUGGAUCGAGACCAACAUGUCCUUUAGCAACGCCGCCGCCAACACCAGCGCGUGGUUCUGGAUAUACCAGGUGAAGGACAGGUUCGCUAUCCUCAACGGCCGGAGCAAUCGCUUCUGCAAGAGGUUGUCGAUGGGAAACAUCAACAACUGCCUCAACGCGGUCGACCCGACCAUCAUGGCCGAGGCACUCAUCGCAGUGGAGGAGCCCAUCCUCCACCGGGAGAUCCACAGCAUCAGCUACAGGCUGAUGGAGGCCAGGGUGUACGACACCACCAUGCUCACCAUGGCCACCACGGCGGCGGUCAACGACACCUCCACAGAGAACACCAAGAGGCUGCGGCUGGUGUACGAGGAGGAGGAGAUGAGCACCUGGGACACCACUCUCGAGCUCAAGCUCGGGUAUAAGUCCACCAUUAGAGCAGGGUUCCCCAAGCUCGGCCUCGGCGCUCGGGUCAGCAUCUCAGCCGAGUUCUACGGGGCCUACAACUGGGGCGAAACCAUGGAGAAGAAGGUGAGGCAUGAGGUCGUCUAUGAGGCCGCAGUGCCGCCCAGGACCAAGGUCACCGUCAAGGCCGUCGCCGCCAGGAGCGCCGUCACCGUCCCGUUCAACUACCGCCAGGUGGACGUCACCACGGAUGGGAGGGUGAGGAGCAGCAUCAAGAGGGACGGCCUCUACACCGGAAUCAACAGUUACGACUUCAAUUUCGAGACCGUUGAGGAGAAGCUGCCGGAGAGGAACCCGAGCGCUUGA